CUUAAUAAUGUGUAUUAUGUGUAGUAAUAAUAUUGUGUGUAUAAUGUGUAGAUUAGUAGUUAAUCUGCCAUGAUUUAAACUGCAGCGUUGUAGCUGCUUUACUAGGGCUACCACACUACUGUAUUUCAUGUAUUGUUCAUGUUACUGUAUUUGGUCAUUAUAGUGGUACUUAGAGAGAGAAUUUUUUUUCUUAGGUGGUACUUGGUGAAAAAAGUUUAACAACCACUGAUUAAGUAGAUAUUUGUAUUAAUAUAAUUAAUUGAAAAUGAAACAAACGCUAAACUGACUGUUGCACAUGCAGUAUGUUCAAGUUGGUGUUUUGGACAGGCUUUAAAAUGUACCAUUUGUGUUUUAAAGAAGUCUUCAAACAGUCCCUCUUGUCAGUAACAAACAGCACUGUUCUUGUCAGGAAGUACUAAUGUAUAUUUGAUCACAGCGUCACUGCAGAAGUGUUUUGGUGUGAUGCACUCUGGCAUGCAAUAAUACCAAAGGAAAUUAUUUUUACAGUGUUGAGUUGUACCAAUAACAGCCGCUUCCUUUCUUUUACUUCUUUUAUUUUGCAAUCUGCUUUUCCCAGUUCACUACAGAAGACUACUUGGAAGAAACAUGAAUGCACCACUUUUGCUUCACUUACUUUUUCAAGGUGUUCUGCUGUUCGGUGCUUUAGGAUGGGAAGUGAGAAUGCCAAAGGAAAUUCAUGGCCUCAAAGGUUCCUGUAUGGUGAUUCCAUGUUCUUUCAGCUACACAACAAACCCACCUACAAAGCCAGACAAAGUUGUGUGGUAUCAGUGGGUCUCUAGUGGCUAUCCUUUAGUCUGUGAUCCUUCAAAUUCAAAUAACGUAAUUGACAAGUUUAGAGGAAGAACUUCUUUAUAUGGAGGCUCAAGUGGUGCUUGCAGUCUGCUGAUCAAAAACCUGGAACAGUCCCAUCAUGGAGAGAAAAUAUACGCAUGGAUCGACCCUGAUAAUAUUGGAUGGCGCACUUACAAAUUUUACGAUGUCACCUCUACAAUCCGUGUUGAUGCCCGUCCACAGUUACCCAGCAUCAGUAUUUUUGGUGGAGAGAAGAUGGGGGACAAGAUUACAGUAACCUGUUCUGCUUCCCACACGUGUCCAUACAGCAUACCAAGAAUCAUUCUAAAUGGUAUUGAAGGAUCUGACCAAACAAAUGGUGACUGUAGUUCAGAUGGCCAGUGCAGAAUCGCUCUGACACGCACAGCUGUCGUAAAGGCAGAAAACACAACUUUUGAGUGUUCAGUAACACAUGAUGGUGGCACAACAGUGACAGCUACAAAAAGACAAAGUUCAGAAUGUGUUCAUCAAAAAAUAACAGUUGAACCUGAAAUAGUAGAAGUCACUGAGGGCAUCAAACAGAACUUCACUUGUAACGUCUACCAUUCCUGUCAGAGAGAGAAUCCAACUAUCACAUGGAACUACGAGAACAUGCAGGUCUCAACGGGGAGCAAAAUAGUUUCUGGUUUUGAUCGUGUCACCUAUUCCAGCAUAAGCUUUCUGGGCACCACAGAAGACCAUGGGAAGAAGCUGAAGUGCACUGCAAAAGUUUCUGGAAGAAACAUUGAAGCUUCUGUUGCUUUACGUGUACAAUGUGUUCACCGUAACAUAACGAUUGAGCCAGAAAUAGCAGAGAUCACUGAAGGUGUCGAACAGAACUUCACUUGUACCGUCCACCAUUCCUGUCAGAAGGAGAAUCCAACCAUCACAUGGAACUACGAGAACAUGCAGGUCUCAGAAGGGAGACAAACACUUUCUGGUUUUGAUCGAGUCGUCUAUUCCACCAUAACCUUUUUGGGUGCAAAAGAAGACCAUGGGAAGAAACUGAUCUGCUCUGCAGCAUUUUCCAGAGGAAAUAUCACAGAAUCUGUUGUCUUAUAUUUGCAACACCCAAUUCUCACCGUACUGAAGACUACUGGUCUUUACAUCUUAACACCCUCACUUGUGUUCCUCCUGGCUUGUGUAAUUGCUGGAGUCAUCAUAUGCAAGAGGCGACACAGGUCAAAAGAUGCAAGUUUUGUGUCAGGAAGCAAACCUUUCAAACCUCACAUGCCCUCACCAAAAAGUGAUCCAAAAUCCAUGUCUGGUAAUGAUUAUGAAAUAUACAACAACAUGGAAGAAGACCCUGACAUCUAUGCCAAUGCCUGAUCAAAAUUCAAGACAUCAAAACUAUCAAAUGUGCUUAUGAGGCGUUUUUAAAUUGCUUACCAUUGUUACACUUCAUUCAUGAAAAAAUAAUUCUUUCAUCCAUAAUAAAUAUUUCAUUUUCAUGUGCAUUAAAUAACAUUUAAGCUUCAAAUACAGUAAAUCUUUUACAGGCUAGAUGUUUUAUAUAACAUAAGCUGGGCUAUACUUUAUUGAAUGUAUCUUUACUAAUUGUGCUUGUAUUAAAAGUGUUUUUUUUUAAUACUUGA